CGGAUGUACUUACCUAUAUGAUUUCGGGACUUCAAUGUUGCUUAAGCCUUCAAUGUCCAGUACAUCAGUUGUGUACUUACAUAGGUACCUCCCUAACCUAGUCAGCUACUAACCUUAGACAUCUAUCGGUGACUUGGUCAUUAUUAACUUCAACGGUUCCUGUUUUUAUAUUCCAGUAUCAUCCUUCUCCAUCUAUCUACAUAACAUUCCUCUUCAUUAAUCAAAUUCCUUCUCCUUUCGUUUUUGGUUAUAUUAAUUUUAUAUUCCUAUCCUCCUCCGCCCACCUCUCGUAUUCGUUGCCUCCCUCUCUCCGUUUCUGCCCCGACGUUGACCUCCUAUCAGCACUAUCGUAAAUAUGGCCCUCUUUGUAGACCUCGACGAGGAGGCAGAACCGCCGCAGACCCAACACUAUGGCUUAAAGCCCGAGUGGAAUGGCGAAAGAGCACAACAACAGCUCUCCUCUAGAAUAAACGAAUUGACCCCUACGAGGGAAGACAGUGAUCAGAGUCAACCGAUCGUAUAUGGCGAAUCCGAGAACCCCAAUGAGCAUAAUGGGAUGACGGAGGCUCUCGGAUGUUAUCCUAUCGUUAUGGCCAUUGCGUCAUCCAUCGACCUCAACACACUUGACAACCUGUCCCGCACCUGUCGUCAAAUACACCUAGCCCUUCUGCAGUACCGCAGUAGUCUCCUCGCGCAUACCCUCCACUGUAUAAACGAAGACGUGCCUGUCGACCCCGAAGACACCUUCCGAUAUCGUGCCCGAGCAGGGAACUGGUUUUAUAUGGAAGACGGUCGUACCGGGGACUACAAUGGCAAGAGUGGAAGCUGCGCGAGAGAUAUGGUGGCUGAAUGCAGGCGGUGUGCGACCGUUGUCUGUCGGAACUGUGCGAUCAAACCGCCAGCACCCGUUGUCCUCCGCGAUAGGCAUCGUAGGUUAUGUCUUCCGUGUAGCAAAGCUCCACUAGGAAGCCUUGUGAAGCCAGCCUUACAGCCGGAUACGCCCAUAGACGCCGAAGAAAUGCAACGAUCAAUAUGUACUUGCGUUAGCGAGGGGGUUUGGCUUUGCCAGCCCUGCGGCAGAAGCAUUCGUGGAGCAGACUCGGACUACAAGUCCAUCUGGAAAUGGCGGAACCAGUAUGGCGAGGUACUCGGUGGUCUCGGGACCGGUAUCGGCGAAGGUGACCGGGGCGUAAUCUGUGGACGAGAGGCACUCUGCUGUGGCUCUAAGGAGCGAGAACAGGAAACCGACUGCGACGCAGCAGAUGCCCGGGAACAAGAUGAGCAGAAUAACGGGACGCUAUCCCCUUGGGGGACGCCGUCACCGGCCUCCUCAAUUGCCGGCUCGCCGCCCUCGGAGCGCCGGACGCCCAGCCCACAAUUGCGGCCCGGUUACGCGCGUCAUGAGAUCGAAGGCAUCGGUGGCGUGGUCAAGACUAAACUUGUCCAGAUUGUGCGUGUCGGUGCCUGCGUUCCCGAGUGGGAGGACGAGAAGAAGACGGGAACUAUCCUAGGCCGAGAGAUCUCGGGCCGGAGCCGUAGCUGGUGCGGGUGGUGCCGAAGGGUUAUCCCCGGGAAAAAGGACUGGGAGACAUCCAAGGCUGCCAGCGGGAAAUAAGGAGGCCCUUCCUUCUAUUUAAUAAUAUGGCUGAGAUGUAGAGACCUAUAGAAUAAGCUACAUCCACUAGUUUGGAUAAAAGCAGGGAAAUGAAGUAAUGAGGCCCGGAAGACAUAAACUAGCAUAAUAUAAAUAUCAACCUGAGAUAUAUUGACGAAUUAAACCAUCCCGUUGUAAGUGAUGUAGGCGCAGCAUUUGGCCCAAUACCCUACCUACCCUAGGCAUAAGAAAGAGCGUGAUGUGGUGUGAUGUGAUGUCCAUUUUAGAAAAGGAACUAGAACCAGAACCAGAACCCCAGAAAUUAGAACCGGGAGAUAGAUGAUGGGAAGGGAGAAGAGAAAACCAAAAACUACCUCGGAGAUAUAGAGAUCACCGUGUCUAACUGUUCCCCUUUCGUCUUCCCGAUCUAUCUAGGUGCC